AUGAAUAGGAAAUCGAUGAAAAAGGAUCAAGAAGUUCUAAAAAUGUUUUUUCCAAAUGUUCAAAGGGAAAGGAAAACUUUGACAGACCUGAUUAUGGAAAAAAUUGAAUCACAAAAUUUGACCAAGAAUAAAACUUCAGAUCAGCAAUCAUUAAGUAAUACGAAAUUAUUAUUUAAAUCCGAAGAACUUCCUAAAGCUUUUAAAUUGUCUAAUUGGGAAGAAAUUUUGUUAACUCAUCCUGAAAAUUGGACUCCUCAUGCGACUUUUGAAGCCACGCGAAUUUUUGUUUCAAUUCUUAAGACUAAAUAA